AUGCCAUUUUCAACAUUCAAGAUAGUGUACGAUUUGAAAGUUGAAGACAAACUUGAAGGAGCCUCACAUUUCACUUCUUUGGAAUUUAGAAUCCUUGUCACCCUAAAAGAAAAUGACCUUCUAGAGUUUGUGCAAGGAAAGGAACAACCCGUUCCUGAAGAUAAAGAUGAAUUACUUCAGUUCAAGAAGAAUGUUGUCAAAGCCAAGAAGAUUCUGAUUGAUUCCCUGAAAGAUCAUCUUGUUCCUAUCAUCUCGAAGAUGUCUUCAACCAAAGAUAUGUUCAAGGCAUUGGAAGGAAUGUAUGAGAUCAACAACACAAGUAGAGCACUUGCGUUAAGAAAACAACUUCAUCAUGUCAAGAUGACGAAAGGAGAAUCUGUCAUCACCUACUUCAUGAAGAUUUCAGAUUUGAGAGAUCAACUCAACGCUAUUGGAGAUGAAGUUGUGGACAAGGAUCUUGUCAUGCUUGCAUUAAAUGGUCUUCCUCACUUUUGGGAGCCAUUUAUCCAAGGAAUAAGUGGGAGAUCCAAAUUUACCAAGUUUGACCGCCUUCGUGCUGAUUGCAUUCAAGAGGAAUCAAUACUAGCUGCAAGAGGAAUCAUCAAAAUCUCCAAUGGUGAAGACUCUCAUGUUCUUGCUACUCUGUCCAUAAAGAAGAAAGGAGGAAAUUGGAAGAAAGGCGAUUUCAAGAGGCAUAGAGAUCAUAAAUCAUAA